AUGCCGCCGACGAAGGCCCCCGUCUGCGGGGGGCAGACGGGCCGCUCCACUCGGCGCCCGCCGCUGGCAUCGUGUCAGGCCCCUGGCGAGCAGACCGAACGACGGGGACUGCCCGGCUCGCUGCUCAACGGCAACCAAGGGGUACGCCCGUGCUCAGGCUGGGUGGCUGCCCAGCAGCUGACGCGGGCGGCCGUGGCGUUGGCCGCGUGGAUGCCGUGCCUCCAGCUGCUCGCCUGGCGCGCGUGCCGCCCCGCUCUGACCGUCGGGCGGGCGGGCCAGGCCCUGGCGAACCGCGUCGAGGCCCCGUGCUCCGACGGCGACGGCCAGACCAUGGGGCGGGUGCUCUACUCCGGCUGGAGGGCCGCCGCGCCGGCCUCGGGGGGUCAGCUCGGGGCCCUCGCUCGGACGGGGGGGGCCCUCCGCUCCAGGUCGAGGCAGCGCCCGGCCUGA